AUGCAGGAGAUGGAUUACAUAGGCUUAAGCAGUGAGCCAUCGAAUAGUUGUGAAGUUGAUAUGGAAGAUGAUUGUCCUUCUCCUCCUAAUGAGUGUUCCUCAAAAAAAGAAAUUCAACAAAAAAAGGAUGAACCAGAACUUGGAAUGGAGUUUAGUUCAGAUGAGGGCGCAUACCAGUUCUACCUCAACUAUGGUAGUAAACUUGGUUUCGAUGUAAGAAGAAAUCAUCACAGGAAAAAUAGAAAUGGGAUUAUUACUAGGGUUACCUUUUGUUGCUUAAAAGAAGGUAAAAGAAGAGAGAAUAGAAGAAAAAAUCCUUCCUACCAUCAACCCAUAACUAGAGUUGGUUGUGAGGCUCAAGUGACUUGUCUACUUCAAAAUAAUGGAAAAUUCAAGGUUGUGUCAUUGAACAAAAGUCAUAAUCAUGACUUGGUUAGAACCCCCAUGAAACAUAUGUUGAGAGUUAAUCGAAGUAUUUCAAAGGCUCAAAAAGCACAUGUUGAAGAUGCAGACAGGUCGGGAUUACCAAUAAAAUCAUCUAUGGAGUUGAUGAGCAGAGAAGUUGGGGGGAGAGAGAAUUUUGGUUUUCUAGAUAAGGAUUACCGAAAUUACAUAAAUAGAAAGCGAAAUAUGGCAAUGGAAAAAGGUGAUACUGGAGCUAUAUUAGAGUAUUUUCAUAAUAUGCAGCUGAGGGAUCCAUCAUAUAUUUACUCACUACAACUUGAUGUGGAUGAUAUGACUACUAAUAUUUUUUGGGCGGAUUCAUGCUCAAUUAGUGAUUAUGGACUUUUUGGAGAUGUUGCGUGUUUUGACACUAUUUAUCGGACAAAUGAAUAUGGUCGACCUUUAGCACCAUUUAUUGGGGUGAAUCAUCAUAAGCAAACAGUCUUAUUUGGUGCAGCUUUACUUUAUGAUGAAACCACUGCAUCAUUUAAGUAG